GUGACAGCGGCGCGGCGGACAAGGGCCGGCCGCUUUCCACCGCGCGCAGGCAGUCGCUUCCCGGCGCAGCUCGGCGCGACACCCGCGGGACGUGAGUACAGCUCGCCGUCCGGAGCCGAGUCUGCUCCUGCCAGGCGCCCAGGGCCGGCGCGUCCGUACAGGCGAACUAGGCAACCGCCUAGGGCGCCAAGUAGCUGGGGGCGGCGCAGCACCACACAUAACAGCUGAUUGUUCCAGCCACAACCAACAACUUCCUCGCGGCUGUAGCGCUCGGCGAUGCCAGAGCCACCGUUUGAGAUCCGAGACCUGGAGCCGGAGGACAACCGCCGGCUGCUGGCGGACUUCGCCGGGGAGCGGAGCGGCUUCGUGAGGGCUGGCUCGCAGGGCUGGCUGCUGCCCAGCCAGUACCGGCGCGAGUGGCCCGCCUUCUACCACUUCCAGCCCCGCGCCGAUGACACCUGGGUCGUCACCUUCCCUCGCUCAGGCACCACGUGGACUCAAGAAAUGGUGUGGAUGAUAGAAAACAACCUUGAUCACAAGACUGCUCGUAGAAUACCACUCGUGGACAGGUUUCCAUUUCUUGAGUUCAAUAUAUUUGUACACGACGACACGAAGGCAGAAUUCUUGGAGAAAGCUGGCCGGGAUAAGCAGACGAGGCUCUUGGUAGAAAAGGCUUGCGACCCGGCGUACAAGGUUCUCAAUGAGACAAGUGCACCACGCUUCAUAAAGACGCACUUUCCUUUCAGCCUGCUGCCCCCAAACUUGCUGGACUGCGGGGCCAAGGUCAUCUACGUGGCCAGGAACCCCAAAGAUGUGGCAGUUUCAUUUUACCACCUGAACAAACUGAUCCUCACACAGGGGUACACGGGGGACUUCGUCAAGUACUGGGACUACUUUGAAAACAAUCUCCAGCCAUGGACACCGUACUGGACUCACAUACAGGAAGGCUGGGAGCGGAGGCAUCUCCCGAACAUGCUGUUUCUGUUCUAUGAAGAUAUGAUCAAGGACCUACCGGCCGCGAUACAGAGGGUGGCCGGGUUCCUGGGGCGACACCUGACGGGCCAACAGGUGCAAGAGCUGGCCCAACACCUGCACAUCGACAACUUCCGCAGAAACCCUGCCGUCAACAUGGAGGUGCUGCGGCGAGCUGGGAUGCUCAGCAACUGGGACCAGGCCUUCGUGAGGAGGGGAAAGGAUGGUGGCUGGGUGGAUGAGUUCACACCAGAGCUGAACAAACGAGCAGACCUCUGGAUUAAAAAGCAUUUGGAAACUACAGACCUUAGGUUUCCAUCAAAAUUCAUCAAGUACUGAAAAGAAACUAGUUCAAAACAUUCAAGUGGUUCCUGCAUCUCAUAUACGUACUUCAAAAUACAACCAUUUUGUUAACUUUGUAAUGAAUGAGUGUGUCUAUGCAUGUAUAUAUGUAUGUGUGUAUGUGUAUUAUACACACACACACUAAUUCCCGGCAUGCAUUGCAAUGCCUCUGUAUUUUUUUUUGUAUUUUUUUAAAGUUAGUACACACAUACAAAGCA